AACCAACCCUAACCAACCCGUUGCUUCUCUCUCUGCCCAUCCCGCCGGUGCUGCUCACAGUUAACCUGGUAAACAAGUUCACCGUUUCCUUGUUCCCCAAAUAGCUGUGGGCAAGAAAGUAGAUUCGAUGUCAGCUCUUCUGCAACCGAAGAAGAACUACCGCUGCGUGCAGGCGCUGCAGCCGGUCUACCCAGGUGGCCCGUUCGUUUUCUCCUCUGAUGGCUCUUUCAUCGCCUGUGCUUGUGGCGAAACCAUCAACACUGUUGAUUCUGCUGAUUUCUCAAUAAAGGGUACAAUCGAGGGCAACAACGAGGCUGUUACGGCGCUCACGCUUAGUCCCAAUGACCAGCUGCUUUUCUCUGCCGGCCACAGCAGGCAAAUUAGGGUCUGGAACUUGUCCACUCUGAAAUGUGAGCGCUCCUGGAAGGGCCAUGAUGGUCCAGUUAUGGCCAUGGCGUGCCAUGCUUCUGGUGGGUUGCUAGCAACUGCAGGAGCUGAAGAAUAGCCUUGAAGUCCUCAGAUGUCACAGUCACCUCUAAAAGUGAUGAUGAGUCAAAAAGAGGCUUCAGUGGUGCUAUAACUCUUCCCUGUGAUGGAGGACUGGUUUCUGUGACUGCUGAUCAACAGUUUCUAUUCUACUCUUCGAUUGUUGAAGGACAGUUAGUACUAACCAGGAGGCUGGUUCGAGACAACGAGGAAAUACUGGACAUGAAAUUUUUGGGCGAGGAUGAAAACUUUCUUGCUGUUGCUACAAAUCUUGAACAGUGCCGUACAAUAAAAGUGUGGAGUUUUGAUGGCAUCUCUUAUGAUGUUGACCAACCUACUGGCUUGAAAGCGAAAGCAGUGGUAGCUGGGCUGCCCAUGACAAGGAUAUAAAUUCUCUGGCAGUUGCACCAAAUGAUGGUUUAGUGUGUACCGGAUCACAGGACCGUACUGCUUGUGUAUGGAGGCUACCAGAUCUGGUGGCGGUGGUUGUACUUAGAGACCACAAACGAGGAGUUUGGUCUGUCGAGUUUUCACCCGUUGAUCCAUGCGUCAUAACGGGAUCGGGUGAUGCAACAGUAAAGAUAUGGAGCAUAGCUGACGGAUCCUGCAUUAGGGCAUUUGAAGGUCACACAUCAAGUGUAUUAAGAGCAUCAUUUCUCACUCGUGGCACCCAAUUUGUGUCAUGCGGCGCUGAUGGGUUGGUCAAACUAUGGACUAUUAAAACGAACGAAUGCAUCGCUACAUAUGAUCAGCAUGAGGACAAGGUGGUGGAGAACACUUGAAUUGAGGGUCUCUUCAGUUUUGUAUUUGUCCAGCAAAGAUGUCCUGGGUGGAAUCUUUUACAACAUAUAUUUCACUCUUUCUUUAGGUCUGGGCUUUGGCUAUUGCGGAAAAGACAGAAAUGUUUUGCAACUGGUGGUGGUGAUGCUGUAGUCAAUCUAUGGUUGGAUUCUACUGCUGCUGACAAGGAGGAAGCAUUCCGUGAAGAGGAGGAACGUGUGUUAAGAGGUCAAACAAUGGAGAAUGCUGUACAAGAUGGUGAUUUCUCAAAGGCUAUCCAAAUAGCCUUUGACCUCAAUAGGCCUCGCAAACUCUUUGGGUUAUUUUCUGAAAUCUGCAGGAAGAAAGAUGUUGGCCUCCAGAUGGAGAAAGCUCUCUGUGAUCUCGGGCAGGAACAGUUGCGUUUGCUUUUCGAAUAUGCCCGCGAAUGGAACGCAAAACCAAAGAUGUGUCAUAUUGCACAACUGGUGCUGUUUCAAGUAUUUAAUAGCAUUUCUCCAUCGGUGAUCCUCGAGGUAAAGGGUAUUGGUGAGGUGCUCGAGGGACUGAUUCCAUAUACGCAGAGGCAUCUCAGCAGAAUAGAUAGAGUUGUGACUUGUGAGGAGUAGGUAUUUGGUCGACUACUCUCUGGCUGGAAUGGGGGUGGUGUGGUUGAAGCAGAUGUUGAUGACACAAACGAAGAUCGAAAAGGCAGUGGCGAGGAUAAAGAACGAGAUCAUGUUCAGCAAAUUUUGUAGAACUGCCAUUUACAAGUGUAAGGUGUUGGCUCAAAUUUUGUAGAACUGUUGUAUUUUCAGCCUUUUAUGGGGCUCAUACAUACGACUCCUGUUUUCAUGGUUGUUGUAGCGAUCCUCUGGCGAAUUUGGAAAUCACGAAACUGUGUUGUCUUUGAAGGCAGACAAUUUGGGAUCCCUGCGUUAAUGCGACAGUUUCAGCAACAAUACCAGGAGUGGUCUCGUCUGCCUGUUGAUCGUGUCGUCCAGUAUGGAGUUGCGCCUGCUGAUCAGCCGGAUAGUGGGGCCCAUGGUUCAGUGGUGUGUAUGUGGGAUGGAGCGACCAGGGAAGGGUCCCAUUCGACGGGGGGUAUUUUUGUGCAAGAUCUUGAGGGGGGGAAUCCUAAUGUUAGGGUGUUCAAUUCCCCGACACGGAUGAUCCUCUAAGUGUAGAACUGCUGGUCCUUUGGGAAGCAAUUUUGUGGUGCUUGGAGUUAGGUUUCACGGAGACAAGAUUUGAAGGGGAUGCAAAUGAUAAAAUUAACCAGGCGGAUGCCAGAGAUAGCCGCAUUGGGACUGUCCUUGAAGAUGUGGUUCGUCUGGUCAACGAUCAGGGUGGUUUCCUCGUGCGAUUUGUAGGUAGGAGUAGUGAUAGGGUAGCCCAUUUGGUGGCUAGAAAGGCCCUGUCUUUGUACCCGACUGCGUGUCGCUUUUUUGAUUUUCGUGCCUGGUUAAACUCCAGGGUGUAAUGAUCUUUUCUCAAUCAGUAUAUGAUUAUCUUUUUGUAAAAAAAAAAGCC